AUGACUUCCUCCAUGACCGCCCGCCGCGCCCCGGCCCCCUUCUCCCCCGCUCAGCCUUCUGACGAGGGCUACCUCAACAAAUCACUCCUCGACAACAUCGACGCCCAGGGAGAUGCGGAGCCGAUGUCGUCUGACUCAGAGGCCGCCGGCGCGUCCGCGCCAUUUGGUUCCUUGCCCACCGUGUCGUCUGUCGGCUCUCCUUCGAUCCCAUACCGUAUCUCCAUGCAAUCCCCACUCGUCCCCCCACGGCCAGAUUCCCCCACCCAUCAUGCUCUCGCCAGUCAUCUCAAGUCCCCCCAGCACCAACACAGCACAGACCUCUUCACCACUGGAUCCCAAAACAAUACCACCCACUCAAUGUACAACAACAUGAACGGCAUCGGACUCCCCGCACCCGAUUAUUCGGAGCCCGAUGUUCCUAAUUACUCGCCGUUGAAUGGCGGCUACGCAUCAGGACCGUUCAGGACGUCCUCAUCCUUUUCCUUCCCCCGCUCGCGACACCCCAACACCUUCCGCGAUACCUCCUCCGCGUUCCCCUCCGCAUACCCCUCGAACGAGACGUUCGGACCCUCUCAAAUGCAGAUGUCUGGGCUCCCGGCGCCGCUCUUGCAACAGGGCAUUCCAAAUCAUAUUGACUCUCAUUCGGGGCGCACCUUCGACUUCCCGGCGAACAAGCCCUUGAUCAACGGGGGACACUCCUCCAAGGCACCCACCCAGGCCAAGUCGCUGUUCACGAACGUGGAUCCCUUCAGGCAGAACCUCGAGACCCCCAUCAUCCUCCAGAAGCAGCAGUCCAACGCAGGCGUGGCGCCGAGUCUUCUUCAGAACGGUCAUCAGGGUUCGUUCCAGCCUCCGUACACGAACGGACUCGGUAGUCACAACGUUGCGCACGGACACCCGGCGUUCGGGGGUCCUUUGGCCGGAAACGGCGCUGGGCCUGGACAGACCGCAGGACCCGGGGCUGCCAGCGCUCCGAGCAUGAAUCACACGAAUGGGCCCGCACCUGGCUCCCAAGCGCAGGAGGAGAUCUCGACCAUCUUCGUUGUCGGCUUCCCGGAUGACAUGUCGGAACGAGAGUUUCAGAACAUGUUCACAUUUUCGUCGGGGUUCGAGGCCGCGACGCUCAAGAUCCCGAACAAGGAGUCCACGUCGUACGGAGCCGUCAAUGGGCAGCCCGGACGGUCGGGGCUGCUCAUGUCGUUCAGCGGCAACGACCCGUACAACCUGGUCACCAUGAAUCAAGGGGGCGUCCUGAUUGAUGGUGGUCGAGAUGGCCCCAUGACUGCCUGGUCCGCAUCUGGCCCGCAGGAAGACGGCCAUUUCAUGCAGAACAAUAUGCCGAUGCAGCCCCCGCGCAAGCAGAUCAUUGGUUUCGCCAAGUUCCGUACCCGCGACCAGGCCCUGGAGGCUCGCGACGUGCUACAAGGCCGCCGCGUCGACGUGGAGAAGGGCGCAGUGCUCAAGGCGGAGAUGGCGAAGAAGAACUUGCAUACCAAGCGCGGCCCCGGCGUCAUUCCCCCCUUCCCAGGUGGUGUUCCGGGUGCCUCUGGAACUGAGGGGCUCAUGAGUCUCCCAAGUCUUCCGACGGCGGGAGAGGCGCUCACCCAGCGGGACAAGCAGCUGGGAGCCCUCGGUGCCAUGGGGAUCGACCUCAGCGGUUUCCAACCACGUCGUGACAGGUCGUACGAAGGCCGCGACGAGGACGCGUCGGACCGCAGGCGCGCAGAAUUCCCGCCGGGCAUCAAUGCGUUUGGCACGCGUGGUCCACGCGAGCGGGCCGAAGAAGACGAGCGGGAACGGGAGCGCAAGCGCAAGGAGAAGGAGAAGGAGGCUACCCGGCUCCGCCAGAACAGCUACGCUUUCGAAGCCUUCCACUCUGUCCCUCAGCAGAUGGUCCGACAGGGCGCUAACUCCCUCCUCUCCGCGGAAAACGGGUGCAUCACGCCCAACGGCUUUACGUCGCCGCCACAGCUGCAGAGCCCGCCAUCGCAUCACGAGCCGCUCAGCGCCCAGUGGGGCAACAACCUCCGGGACGUCAGCGCGGCGGCACAGCUGAGGAAGAUGGGUGUUCCGCAACAUCCUCUCACCGGUCUUCCUCCCCGGCCUCUGUCACCCACCGCAGCAUCGCCGCCCACUACACUGGAAAGUGGCGCGAGCCCCUCGGUCCCGGCGUCCGGUUGCCUCAGCACGCAGUUUCCCACUCCGGAGUCCACCCAGUCAUCGCUCCCCAGUCACCCCUCUCUCCCAUCUCGCCCGCGCCCCCGGUCGCCGAGCAGCGACACACAGUCAUCCUCGAUGUCCUCUCUUCCCAGCUCGCAGCCGCCCAGCGUCAACGGCUCGCAAAGCGGGCUGGAGGAUGACCUAUCUCAGUCCAUCGGAGCGCUCGCUGUAUCAACCGAGUCCGGCGCGACGUCUCCGCAGCUUCCGUCCCCGGCCUCAGGGACGAGCUCAGGCGGAGGACGGAACGGGGCCGAUCAGAACCCGCCCAUUAACACGCUCUACGUGGGGAACCUGCCCACGUCGACGUCACCCGGCGGCACCUCCCACCGCCUACUCGAGAGCCAACUGCGCGAGUUCUUCUCCACCAAACCCGGCUUCCGCAACCUGUGCUUCCGCCAGAAGAGCAACAGCCCUAUGUGCUUCGUUGAGUUUGAAGACGUUGCUCACGCGACCAGGGCGCUUUACACCCUGUCGGGAGACACACUUGGUGGCCUCGUCCGGAACGGUGGCAUCCGUUUGUCGUACAGCAAGAACCCGCUCGGCGUCCGCACUCCGGGCAGUGGUGGUAACGGGUCGUCGCUGCAGCAACAGCAACAGUGCCUCAGUCGCGACCAUGACGGCGUUCUCGAUCCCGUCUUCCCUGGCGAAGGUUUCCGUCACGCUGACGCCGCCGACACCAUUCGGGGCAUGCGCCGCGACAUGUCAGGCAUGACCUCACCUACGUCGUCGUACCACUAUACCAGCUCGCCGCCGCCGCCACGGUUCUUCUCCCCUCCCCCGCCGUCUGGCACGUUUGGUGGCGGGCUCACCACCUCGACGUCCUUCCCCCGCGCUAACCCCCAGUCCUUCGGCUUUGCGGCGGGCACGACCUCUUUCUCUCCGUUCGGCAUCCCGCAAUGUUCGAUACCCGAUCAGCCCAGCGCUGACGCCAGCAACACACAUAUCGCACAUCCUCUUUCCCCGCCUGCAGCCGCCAUAUAG